UGCCCCAUCGUUGGUGUCAGUGGGGGGAGGAAUAGUGCCCCAUCGUUGGUGUCAGUGGGGGGAGGAAUAGUGCCCCAUCGUUGGUGUCAGUGGGGGAGGAAUAGUGCCCCAUCGUUGGUGUCAGUUGGGGGAGGAAUAGUGCCCCAUCGUUGGUGUCAGUGGGGGGAGGAAUAGUGCCCCAUCGUUGGUGUCAGUGGGGGGAGGAAUAG